UCCAUCAUGGAGCAAGUCCGCUUGCUGCUAAGUCUUCUGUUCCUUGGAGAUCAGCUGGGACAUGGCAUGGCUUGUCAGCUGCCAUCUGAUUGGAGGCCGCUCAGUGAGAAUUGCAGAGCAGAACUGGCUGAAAUCAUUGUCUACGCCAAAGUCUUAGCUCUGCACCAGGAUAUGUACAGCAUGUACAACUAUCUGCCGUGGCAAUAUGAAGCCAUGGACGGAGGGCUCUUUUACUCCGCCGAGAUUGAGAUGCUGUGUGACCAAGCUUGGGGAAGCAUGUUAGAAGUUCCAGCGGGAUCCCGGUUGAACCUGACGGGGUUGGGCUACUUCUCUUGCCAUUCCCACACAGUCAUGCAAGAUUAUUCCUACUUCUUUUUCCUCAGAAUGGAUGAAAAUUAUAAUCUCCUUCCACACGGAGUAAAUUUUCAGGAUGCAAUAUUUCCUGAUACGCAGGAAAACAGACGGAUGUUUUCCAGCCUCUUCCAAUUUUCCAACUGCAGUCAAGGGCUGCACUCUGUAAUGUUCUCCAGCGAUUGGGAGAUAGAAGAGGACAACAGGCUCAUGUGCUCUUCCAUCCAGAAAGCAUUGUUUGAUGAGGAGGACCAAGUGAAGAAGCUCCAGAAAAAGGUGGCAAGCCUGGAGAAACGCAAUAAGCAGCUACAAGAUCGAGUGAAGAAAGUCAAAAGGUUGCUCAGACAAGCCAGGAAGAACAGCAGGCACGUGGAGCUGAUUAAUCAGAAGCUCAUCGAGAAGAUGUCCUCUACAGGGGUUCAGUUCCCCUACAUUAACUCCUUAAAGCAAACACAUUCUCAUGCCACUUACCUUAAAGUGUGAGAGCAAGUUUGGCAUUGUGAACAACAGUCUUAGUGAUUGAACAACAUGCCCUUCUCCACCCAAUCGUAUCUUGCAACAGGGUCAUAGUGCAUUCAAGGUUUUUGGCUUUCAACUGUUCAGGAUUUGCACCUCAAGUGGACAUUUAACAUGCUUUGAAUCUUCUGCAUAAACAUGAUUCAAAUUUUGCCUGGGAUGAAUGUGGACAGUGGUCUUCAGAAAGUGGGAGGAAAUGCUCUUGCUUGAGGCCAACUAAGAAUGGGUUUAUGAACCAUUAUUAAGGGGGCUUGAGUCUUGGAUGGGUCCAGUGAUACAGGAUUACUCUAGAAUGUAACUGAAGCUCUAAAGGGGGUUAAACCUGUUCCAAAUGUCAGGACAGGAAAUGAUCAAGGGCUCCAUGCAACCUCAUUCAGGAAGCAGAAGAGUCUAAGUGUAAAUAAUAAAAAAGUAUAUACAAUCCUAAUCAUGUGGAAGUCUUGGUAUUAAUGCAGUAAGUACUGAAACUGACUUGUAUUGAGUAAAACUAACUUCUGUCCAAACUUAUCCAUGGAUAGAUUUAAAGAUAGGCUCGAACAGAAGCUUCUAAUAUACAGUGGUACCUAGGGUCAUGAACGCUUCUGUUCAUGACCAAUUCGG